AUACAGGACUCCUCUGCACCUAUACUCUGCUAUGUAGCCUGAGACGCAAAUUGAACUAUGCAUUGGGGUGGAAGAAAGUCAGAUGCCAUGUCUUUUUUAGAAGAAAGAAGAAUGGCCGGGCUUUGUGACCAUGUAAGAUCCCCCCCCGACGUUUAAAACUCCCCCCCACCUACAUUUUGUAGGCAGCAGGGAGAGCACCUAGUGAAAAACUGCCUGCAAGGAACUGCUUACGGCGUGCCGGACCCCGGGGCAGGCUGAGCCCCCGGGGCGCCAGCUGGUGGGGGGGGCGUCCCAAGACGCAAGCCCUGCGAGCCUGACGGCUGCGAGGAGCUGCAAGAUGGAGGCCGAGCCGCAACCCAGCGGCGCAGGCGCAGCAGGAAGAGGGGGGCGGUUCUGUGAAGCCCAGGUUCACCGGCUUCAGCAGCCUUUGACUGGGCCUGAGGGGUGGGUGCUCGGCGGGAGGAGGCCGUCAUGGGCAAGCGGGUGGCCUUGGUUCUCGCCGGCUGCGGUGUUUUCGACGGCAGCGAGAUUCACGAAGCCUCGGCGACGCUGGUGCACCUCAGCCGCGGCGGCGCGGAGGUGAAGAUAUUUGCCCCUGAUAUUGAGCAAAGGGAUGUAGUCAAUCACCUGAAAGGAGGACCAACAGAAGAGAAGAGAAAUGUGUUAGUUGAAAGUGCCAGAUUGGCAAGAGGAGACAUUCAGGAUUUGGCAGAAUUGAAAGCUAGUGAAUUCGAUGCGGUCAUUUUCCCUGGUGGUUUUGGUGUAGCAAAGAACCUGUGUUCCUGGGCUGUAGAUGGCAAGAACUGCACUGUCAACGAGCACGUGAACUCCACGCUCCAAGCUUUCCACAGUGCUAAAAAGCCCAUUGGUUUGUGUUGUAUAUCACCAGUCCUGGCAGCUAAAGUCUUUCCUGGUUGUGAGGUCACAGUCGGCCAAGAUAAAAACGUAGAUGGAAGAUUUCCUGAUGCUGAAACUGCAUCUGCUAUAGCAGAGCUUGGAUGUAAGCACAUUUGCAAAAAUGUAAAUGAAUCCCAUGUGGACAAAGCCAAUAAAAUAGUUACUACCUGUGCUUUCAUGUGCAAGGCUCCUCUGCAUGAAAUCUUUGAUGGAAUUGGAACAAUGGUACAAGAAGUCCUGAAACUUGCCUGACUGGAAGCUUACAGGCUUCUGCAAGGAAAUCAGUUUAGCUAAGCAUAAGCAUGUAGCUUCGUUUCAUUGUAUUAAUAAAAUAAUGCAACUAUUAAACUUCA